UAUUCAUGUCUUCAGAACACUUGUAUUUAUCGACAUUUAUGUAUUCAUAUGCACAACUAGAAGCCAACAUCAUCUCAUAAUCACUGCUUCCAUUGGUAGCUCAACCCUAUUAUUCUCCGAAAGCCGAGCAAGAUGGUAACAAGCAGCAAAAAUCAGAAGAGUGUUUUAGUGGCUGUUUUUGUGGAAAGGCCCAGAAAGAGAGGACUGCUUGCAUCUAACAACCACCAUCAUCACCACCACCACCACCACCACCAUCUUCAUCUUCACCAAUCUCAUAAGCAUGGUGGUGGCAGCAAUAGGAAAGCAGACCUUCUAGACUACUCCCGACGCCUACGCGAUUCUGCACCUAAUACACCUAAUAGGCAUCACCAUCAGAACAAGCCAUCCUCGGUUUCUUCCAUCAUCCAACAGCCUAUUAAUCAGAUAAUGGCUGCUCAAAGUAAAAGAAAACAUCAAAAAGCUCCUUCUUGUAUGGGGAACUGGAAAGGCUUUCUCAAGUCUCUGACAAGCCCUUCAAAAGGGAAGAAGAGAAAGACGAACAGCACCGGUACUAACUUCGCAGCCACAAAGGCCAAAGUUGUAAUGCAAAGCUUCCAGGCACACAAGAACAAAGGAUUCUUCAAGAAAGUUCUAGCAACAAUACAGAAGUAUAGGUAAAGUAAUCAAAGUCAAAAAUCACAAAUGAUCUGGGAGAACUUACUUUAUUCAAGGCAUUCUAUAAGAGAAAUGAAGAUAUAUGUAUACAUAGUUCACAGCAUACUUCUCAGGACAUUACAGCAGAUAACUUAUCUCAUCACUGUAUUUCUAUUCUUGUUCAAAUCAUUCCUCAAAUUAAUGAGAUGCACACAUGACUAUACA